AUGUAUGAUCAUGGGGGUACUGGAAAAACAUUUCUCUGGAACCUUAUGUCUGCUGAGAUUCGCUCAAGGGGUGAUAUUGUGUUGAACAUUGCUUCAAGUGGUAUUGCAUAUUUACUUCUUUCCGAUGGAAGAAUGGCACACUCAAGGUUCAAAAUACCGCUGAAUAUAAUUGAGGAUUCUAUAUGUAACAUCAAACCUGGUUCCUCUCAAGCAAUGCUGUUGUUGAAAGCCAAACUUAUAAUUUGGGAUGAGACUCCAAUGGUUAGUAGGUACUACUAUGAAGCACUUGAUAAAUGCUUAGGUAAUUUCAUGAGGUUUUCUCUAACAUAUAACAAAGAUUUGCCCUUUGGAGGAAAAGUGGUUGUACUAAGUGGAGACUUAAGACAAAUUCUUCCUGUCAUUUCACGAGGAUCGAGACAAGAUAUCAUUCAUUCAACCGUGAAUUCAUCUUACCUUUGGAAGUUUUGUCAGGUGCUCAAACUAACAAAAAACAUGAGACUCUCUAUAGGGACAACUGUUUCAGAUCAAGAUGAGACAGAGCAAUUUAGUGAGUGGUUAUUGAAAGUUUGUGAUGGUCUAAUAUGUGACAAUAUGAAUGGUGAAUCUGAGAUAUGUCUUCCAGGAGAUAUUGUUAUUUCUUCUUCGGACCAGCCAUUUGAUGAUUUAGUUCAUUUUUCUUAUCCAAAUAUUUUGGAUAACAUGUCCUCAAAGGAUUUUUUCAAAGAAAGAACUAUACUAGCUCCCACGCUGGACAUCGUUAAAGAGGUCAACAACCAUUUGAUGGCUAUCAUUCCUGAAGGGAAAAUUUAUAUCUUAGUUCAGAUUCGAUUUGUAUGGAUGAAGGGAAUAUGGAGAGUCAACUAG